ACCCCCACAGCUCAUGCCAUGAAGGAGGAGAACUUUCUUCGUCGCAGGUUCUCCCUCUGUCCGGCCUCAUCCACUCCUCAGAAGGUCGAUCCUCGCAAGCUGACGCGCAAUCUGUUCUUCGGGACCGACAAUGACAUCUACCCACUCAGCCCAGGAAAAGAUGUGGAAGGAAACAGCCCAUCAGCACUGAAGGAUGAGACACCACAGACUCCAAACUCCAUUAGCAAGGCAGGUUCCUCAAGGAAAAUCAGCCUUCCACUUAUCCUGGCAGUGGAGAAGCCCAAGGACCAGAUCGAAUAUAAGCUUUGCAAUGGGUCUGACAAAGAGUGUGUCUCUCCCACAGCCAAAUUCAUGAAGAAGGAAACACUGAAGGUACAAAAAAAAAAUUACAGACAGGAGAAGAAAAGAGCUACCAAACAGCUCUUCAGUGCUCUGAAGGAUCCCAGCGUAGUGAUCACAGCAGACUGGCUGAAGAUUCGUGGGACGCUGAAGAGCUGGACCAAACUGUGGUGUGUCCUGAAACCAGGAGUGCUGCUGAUUUAUAAGACGCCAAAGAUCGGACAGUGGGUUGGGACAAUCUUGCUCCAUUCUUGUGAGCUCAUUGAGAGACCCUCCAAAAAGGAUGGCUUCUGCUUUAAACUUUUUCAUCCUUUGGAUCAAUCAAUCUGGGCUGUAAAGGGACCAAAGGGAGAAAAUGUUGGUUCGAUCACUCAGCCUCUUCCCAGCAGCUACUUGAUUUUCAGAGCAGCUUCUGAAUCAGAUGGCCGAUGCUGGCUGGAUGCUUUGGAACUUGCCCUGCGUUGCUCCAGCCUCUUCAGGCUCAGUGCCUCCAAGCAGGGAAAGGAUGGAGAAAUGAACUGCUCGAGUGAUUCUGCACAUGUGGGGCUCAACCACCUCUUGCACACAAGUGCUAUGUCAGACCAGGAGUUCUUCAAUUUGAAUGAAUCAGCCCUGGAGAACAACCACCACUUGGAAAAUGAUGCUUUUUCGGACAAGUCCGAGAGAGACAACGCAGAAGAGUCAGAGAAUGAAACGCAUGAGAACAGCCGGAAGACAAAUGAAAGUGAGAGUGAUCAGUCAGAAACACAUGGAGAGGUCUCUCCAGGAAGGAAAGGGACCACUUACAUUGAACAGAUCUAUGAAGAAUUCGGCGAGACAGGUGAAUCGUCUCAAACAGAAACUGUCUCUGAGGAGAACAAGAGCCUGAUGUGGAUCCAGCUGCGACCUGGCAUGGACCUGUCACGGGUGGCACUGCCUACCUUCAUCCUGGAGCCACGCUCAUUCCUUAACAAACUCUCCGACUACUACUACCAUGCUGACCUGCUUUCCCAGGCUGUCCUUGAAGAUGAUCCAUACACUCGAAUGAAGCAAGUUUUGAGGUGGUAUCUGUCUGGCUUCUACAAGAAGCCAAAGGGAAUAAAAAAGCCAUACAACCCGAUUCUGGGAGAGACAUUUCGCUGCUGUUGGUUUCACCCCCAGACGAACAGUCACACAUUUUACAUAGCAGAACAGGUCUCCCAUCAUCCGCCAGUGUCAGCGUUUCACGUCAGCAAUAGGAAGGAUGGAUUCUGCAUUACUGGCAGCAUUCUAGCUAGGUCCAAGUUUUAUGGUAACUCACUUUCUGCACUGUUGGAUGGGAAAGCAAAGCUUAUGUUUCUAAACAGAGGGGAGGACUAUGUAAUUACUAUGCCAUACGCCCACUGUAAAGGACUUUUAUAUGGUACUAUGACAAUGGAGCUUGGAGGAAAAGUUACCAUUGACUGUGAGAAAACUAACCACAGGGCAGAACUGGAAUUCAAGCUAAAGCCCUUCUUCGGUGGCAGCACAAGCAUUAAUCAAAUCUCUGGGAAGAUUAAAUCGGGAGAAGAAGUGCUAGCAAGUCUCAAUGGACACUGGGAUGGGGAAGUGCAUAUAAGUGAGUCGAAAAAUGGGACCACAGAAAUGCUCUGGAACCCAACCAGUGACGUGCGAAGGCAGAGACUGAAGCGCCACAUUGUGCUGUUUGAGGAGCAGACAGAGUUUGAGUCAGAGAG